GUUGUGUCCUCCGCGGCGUGCCGUACUGAGUCUUGUUGUCAUCGUUUGUAGCAAACAGCUAGCCUGGCUAGCUCUUGUAACAAUGUCCCUGUGCUCACUCCGUGUGAAUAUCACUCAUAGGUAAGCUGGACUAAAAAAUAUAUAUAUUUAAACAUACUUUAACACGCGGCGUGGGCUCGGCUGCCGAUCAGCUGAUGAGGUAAACAAACAAACGCGUGUUCGCAUCUUCGUGAUUGAGCAGAUCCAGCAACGUCACCUUCCUCGAGUUGUCGCUCAGUAAAUGGAAAUAUUGGUUUUUAUUUCACAAUGAAUUGCCGCUCGGAGGUUCUCGAGGUGACGGUGGAGGCGAGGCAGGUGGAGGAAGCCAUGCUCGCCCUGCUGCACACCAUUUUACUGCAUCGCAGCACCGGGAAGUUUCACUACAAGAAGGAGGGCACCUACUCCAUCGGCACGGUUGGCACGCUUGACAUCGACUGCGACUUCAUCGACUUCUCCUUUGUCAGAGUGUCCUCGGAGGAGCUGGACAGAGUCAUCCGGAAAGCUGUGUCUGAGUUCAAGGAUGCUUUGAGCAACUCUGGCAGCGAUGGCAUGGGCCAGAUCUCCCUGGAGUUUUACCAGAAGAAGAAGUCCCGCUGGCCCUUCUCCGACGAGUGCAUCCCGUGGGAGGUGUGGAGCAUCAAGGUCAACGUCGUCAACCUCGCCACCGAGCAGGAGAGACAGAUCUGCAGGGAGAAGGUGGGCGAGAAGCUGGGCGAGAAGGUGAUCAACGUCGUCGAGGUCAUAAACCGCCACGAGUACCUGCCAAAGAUGCCCACCCAGUCCGAGGUGGACAACGUGUUCGACACCAGUCUCAAAGACGUCCAGCCGUACCUUUACAAGAUCACAUUCCAGAUCACUGACUCUCUUGGCACCUCUGUAAGCACAACGAUGAGACGGCUGAUUAAAGACACCCUGGCACUGUGAGAGGAGAAAGAUCUGGACGAUAUCCAUAGUUAUGCCUGACAACUAAAAAUCAAGUGUAAACACCCGAUCGAUCGCAUUUCUUCUGAUGUCUCUGUCGUGGUUCGGGUGUUGCAUGUACCUUAAGAUUUCUUGGUUUAUGUAAUGUCUAAUUUUAAAGGUAUGUUUGGUUUGCAAGCUUUUCAAAUUGUCUUUCGCCUCUCACCAUCUAGAAAUGAAACUUUUAAACACAGUAGCAAGUGACAUUAUAUGUCAGUUAAAUUCUUUAAAAAAAAGUUGUAUCGCUGAUGUCAGAAUCUGUAAAUUAUUGUAAAUCUUUGAUAAUAAAUAGAAUUCAUUGCAA